UCCACAUCUGCUUACAAUUCAUUCUACGGUGAACUUGAAUGUCCUCUAUGACGCGAACGCAGUCCGGUUUGUUCUAUAGGAGACAGGGCGUUGGCUAGAUAAGGGGUGUAACUACUUACUUACCGUUUCUUCAACUCGGUUUAUGCUCCAGGGAAACAACAUGGCAUAGCAUGUGGAGUGUGUACUUGCCACAGCUGCAGGAAGAAUGUGGAUAGAAUAGUUGUCCGACGAGGAUUCUCUUACUAUGAAGAACUACGCUGACAGCGUUGCUUUUCUGGGUCAGUGGGGACGUUUCCAGCAGGUCGUCUUCUUCCUGCUGUGUGCCAGCAUCGUGCCCAAUGGAUUUGGAGCUUUCACCCUUGUUUUCCUGACUGACGUGCCAAGUCACCACUGCAUUGUACCUGACUUCAACCUAACUGAAGACUGGCAUAAAACCCUCAUACCGAUAGAGGUGGUGAAUGGGAAACAGCAGCUGAGUAGAUGCAGCAGGUUCAGGCUGGAUGUGGUCAGAAAUCUCUCUGCUCAGGGACUCAUUCCUGGGAGGGACGUCAACAUCACGGACCUGGAGCAGGAGGGAUGUGUGGACGGGUGGAGCUACAGCAGAGACAUCUACCAGUCCACCAUCGUCUCUGAGUUUGACCUGGUGUGCAGUGAGCAGUGGAAGCUGACGUUCAUUUCCACAGUUUUCUUCGUUGGGGUUCUUCUUGGAUCCUUCUUCUCAGGACAGGUUUCAGACAGAUUUGGAAGAAAACCAGUUCUUUUUGCCACCAUGGCAGUCCAGAUGAUUUUUACCUUUGUUCAAGUCUUCUCUACCUCAUGGCUUAUGUUCACUGUCCUCCUCUUCAUCAACGGUUUGGGACAAAUAUCCAACUUUGUUGCUGCUCUUGUGUUGGGCGCUGAGAUCUUGACAGGCGAUGUGCGUGUCCUUUACUCAUCUCUGGGCUCAUGUUUAAGCUUUGCAAUCGGCUACAUGAUGCUGCCUCUCUGCGCCUACUUUUUAAGGGACUGGAAAUCUCUCCUGUUGUCUUUGUCGUUGCCUGGCCUGGCCUAUCUCCCCCUCUGGUGGCUCAUCCCAGAGUCUCCUCGUUGGUUGCUCUCUCAGGGAAGAGUGGAGGAGGCUGAGAUUAUCGUCAGAAAGUCUGCCAAGUGGAACAAAGUUCAGGCUCCAAUGGUCAUAUUUCAAGAUUACAGUGUUGAUAAUAAGACUGAUCCUAAAGAUCACCACAAUGCCUUGGACCUGCUGAGGACCAGCAGCAUCAGAAUCACAACACUCCUCCUCUGCCUGGUGACGUUUGCUACGUGUACCGGAUACUAUGGCCUGUCUCUCAACACAUCCCAACUCCAUGCUGACCCCUACGUGAGCUGCUUCAUCUCAGCAGUGGUGGAGGUACCAGCGUACAUUUCCGGCUGGCUGGCGCUGCGAUACUUUCCACGUCGGCUGUCUAUCAGCUUUACAUUACUCCUUGAAGCAGUGUCACUGUUUCUCAUUCAACUGGUGCCUCAACGUCUAUCAAAUCUGUCUAUUGCACUGGAGAUGUUGGCUAAAUAUGCCGUUACCGUCCCUUUCGCCAUGCUUUUUGCCUUCAUUGCAGAGCUUUACCCAACAUUGCUCAGGAACACAGCGGUGGGGAUAUGCUCCACUGUUGGCAGACUGGGAAGCUGCAUUGCACCGUUUUUGAUAACUCUGAACAUCUACCUAUUACCUCUUCCUAAUUAUAUAAUGGGGACUCUGGCUGUUGUGUCUGCCGUUGCUGCUCUAUUCCUACCGGAGAGUUUUGGACAACCUCUACCUGAAACUAUGCAACAGAUGCGUAAGAGCGAAAGGAUAAAGUGUCCAUGCAUCCCUGGAAAAGAAACCCGAAUACCUGCGGUACUCCAGGACAGUCCACUGUGAUUAUCUAGCACUCUACUGAUGUAGGUGAUAUGUUGAUAUUAAAUAUCUUUAGCCUUCUACUUUUUACAUUUCUUAAUAUUUUGAUAGUCUUCACGGUUUUAAAGGUUGAGUAAAAUGUAUUUACUUUUUAAAUACAUUUGAAAAUAUUACUGCAUGUAAAAAUGAAAUAGCAUAAUUAUAUCAUGGAGUAAUACAUGUGGCUUUUGUCAAUUUUUCUUUUUGUAUCGCUCUGUUUUUGUCUCAUUUUGACAUCUGCAUAAGCACCAUAUACACGUAGGCUAUCGUAUCUUAAAGGACGAAGAUGUCAAGGUGCAUUUCACAUCUCAAUAAAUGUUUUUUGGUUCCAUAAAUAUAAAUGAUUCUUUUGAACUCAUUUAUAUAUUAAUAGUGAAGCCCUGCAAAUAUAUUGAUUUAAAAAAUAUAAAUAAAUCAUUAACAAAUGUAUUUAUAAUCAUAACAAUCUUAGUGCUACGUGUGUUACGUCGUCUAA